AUGGCCGAUUCGGAUAAACUUGGUCUUGGUCUUGACGACAUCAUUCGUCAUGAUCGUACUUCAACAAAUCGACGAGGUGGCGGCGGCGGUGGUGGCAAACGAGGAUUUCGUGGACGCGGUGCCGGUGGUGGUGCUGGUCGACAAGGUGGUCAAAUGAAUGGAUUUCGUACUCGUGGUGGUGGUGGACUGCCUCGACCAUCCGCUACACCAGCAGGUCGUUGGAAACAUGACCUUUUUGAAGAUAAUUCUAAUCGAUCUCGAGGAGUUGGACAACGAGUUACGACUGGUGUGAAUACUACGACGAAAUUACUUAUAUCGAAUCUUGAUUAUAGUGUAACUACAAGUGAUGUUCAAGAAUUAUUUGAAGAUAUUGGUGCUGUCCGUGUAGCACGCGUACAUUAUGAUGAAAGUGGCCGAUCAUUAGGCACAGCUGAAGUUAUCUUUGAACGUCGUGUUGAUGCUGCUAAUGCUCAACAAAAAUAUAAUGGCCUUAAUCUUGAUGGUCGUCCAAUGGAUAUAAGAUUAAUAGGUGCCGUCAAUGAUGGUUCACAACAACAACAACAAACACCUCGUGCAUCAUAUACAAAUGGAAAUAGCAAUGGAAAUCAAAGAUCAGGUUUUCGUAACAAUAAUAAUCAACAAAAUGGAACCCGUAAUGGAGGUAAUUUUUCACGUGGUGGUGGUGGUAAACAACAACAAAAUGGCACUCGUAAUAAUACGAAAAAAGAAAAUGUUACUGCUGAAGAUCUUGAUGCUGAACUUGAAGCUUAUCGUGCCGAAAGUGCACCGAAGAAAUGA